AUGGCCUCCUCGGCACCCCAUUCACCUGCUAGGUACAGAGAUAUAGAAAACGACUCUAACGCAUCCCCGUCACGCCCUUCUCCAUCAAAAUUACUCCGUAUCCAGCAAAUCGACGCCGACCUUCGGGCAGCAUCCGUACCACCGCGCCGCGUUGCAUCACCCGCCAAGAAAGUCCAAGUCCGCCCAAGGCUGAACCAAUACUACACCAUUGAUCAUGCAGUUUCUCUCUUCAAAAAGUCGAAGAAUAUUGUCGUCCUGACUGGAGCCGGUAUCUCGACCUCUCUCGGCGUACCGGACUUUCGAUCCAAGACCGGCGUCUACAAUCUUCUGGACGGGUCGCCGUACAACGACCCACAAGAUCUUUUCCACAUCGACAACUUCAAAACCAAUCCUGAGAUAUUCUUCAAGCAGGCUAAAAAGAUCUUCCCUAGAAUGCAAGGUCUUGUGCCGUCCGAAGGUGUCAAGGAUAGCUCCAAGCCAGUGAACUAUCACCUGGUUCCGAAAUACAGCAGCACCCACGCUUUCAUUUCUCUCUUGCAGGCCAAAGGCAAACUACUGACCAACUACACCCAAAACAUCGACGGACUGGAGACCGUCGCCGGAGUAUCUGGUACGAGAUUAAUCCAGUGCCACGGCAGUCUAUCUACAGCCAGCUGUAUGAGCUGCGGCAAACAAGUGUCCGCCAAGAAAUACAUGCCGGUCGUCCAUGGCGGUAGUAUUCCAGUAUGCAAAUGCUCGAUGGAAGAAGAACCCAAGAGGAAUAAGAGCAAGAAGCUGCCGCGGGGCCGCAGCGGGAAGAAGAAGCGCAAGCGACACGAAUACGAAGACACAGAUUCUGACGACGAUGACGACCACCACGACUUCAUGAAAGGCCUGCUGAAACCGGACAUGACAUUCUUCGGCGAGCACGUCUCGUAUUCCUACGCUCCACGACUCGCCAGCGAUAAGAGUAAAGUCGAUCUGCUCGUUAUUAUCGGGACCUCGCUGAAAGUGGCGCCCGUCAAUGAAAUGCUGUUUAUGGUCCCGCCUACGGUGCCGCAGAUAUGGAUCAGCAAGGAGCGAUGUCAGCGAGAGGGCGUCAAGGUCGACAUCGAGCUACUCGGCGAGUGCGACCUCAUUAUUGAUGAGAUCUGCCGCCGCGCGGGCUGGUCGUCGGCCCUGGACGAGCGAAAAUGGUCACCUGCAAAGGCCCCGCUCAAUGGACUCAAGGAGAAAGACAGUAAUCUCAACCUCGAGCGUGAGCAAACAAAAGAUCUGUCCACGGAAGCCAAGAAGAAAAGGAAAUCCGCGCCUUCUUCUCCCAUCGAGCCGGAAACCCAAACGCUUGAAAUGCGACCAAAGGUGAACGACGCAGCGAAGCGGCUAGCCGUCCCAUCAACCAUGCCAAUACCCCAAAUCAAACUGAACUUCGAGGACCUACCGUCCACGACGUCAGCAGAAGAGGCUCAUAUUCUCGAGCACCUGUCGAAGUACAAGAAGCCUGACACAGAAGACCCAUUGGUAGUGGUCAAAACGGAAGAACAUGCCUGUCCGCCGCCCAAAGUCAUCAUCGAGCUUGAACUCGGCACGCGCUCCAGGUGGUUUGUGAAGCGUGCGCUUUGCCCAGGCAGUGACCGGUAA